GUAACGGUUAUUGAUAAGUAUCCUCUAAAUUUCGCAGUAGUUUGAUGAGUAAGUGUGAAGGCAAAAGCAGUUUCCAAAAUAGUUGGGGCCAUGCCACAUUAAAUUAAGUUCACCAUUCACCCACAUACGCGUUCCCAAUCGCCAUUGCCGAUUCACACUCCAAAGUCCAAAGUCCAUUCCCACUCACUUUUACACUAUUUCUUCGCCCAUUUCGUCUCCUAUAUAUACUCCUUCAUUAUUGCUCCAAUCUGCAAAUUUCACUACUCUUAUUUCUCUUUCAUUCACCAUCUCCAAUGGCGUUUAGAAGCAUCCUUGCUGUCAUAACAAUAUUGUUAGAGAUUCAUAUAUGCUUAUCGGCGGAGAUUAGCCGCGCUGAUUUUCCUCACGGAUUUACGUUUGGCACUGCUUCUUCAGCUUUUCAGUAUGAAGGAGCUGUGAAAGAAGAUGGAAGGGGACCAUCUAUAUGGGAUACCUUUUCUCAUACUUUUGGCAAGGUAACAGAUUUCAGCAAUGCUGAUGUUGCAGUGGAUCACUACCAUCGUUUCGAAGAAGACAUACAGCUCAUGAAGGACUUGGGGAUGGAUGCCUAUAGAUUUUCCAUUUCGUGGUCUCGGAUUUUUCCCAAUGGAUCUGGCGCGAUCAAUCAGGCAGGAGUUGAUCAUUAUAAUAAAUUCAUCAAUGCAUUACUAGCAAAAGGAAUUGAACCUUAUGUGACACUCUACCACUGGGACCUACCUCAAGCCUUGGAUAACAAGUAUAAGGGAUGGCUCAGCACUGAAAUCAUAAAGGACUUCGCAACUUUUGCUGAGACAUGCUUUCAGAAAUUCGGAGACAGGGUGAAGCAUUGGAUCACAUUUAAUGAGCCUCAUACAUUUACUACACAAGGAUAUGAUGUCGGUUUGCAAGCACCUGGACGGUGCUCUAUUCUCUUUCAUCUGUUUUGUAAAGCAGGAAACUCUUCUACUGAACCUUACAUUGUUGCCCACAAUGUCUUGCUUACUCAUGCAACAGUAGCAGAUAUUUAUAAGAAAAAGUAUAAGAAUAUUCAAGGUGGAUCACUUGGAGUAGCUUUUGAUGUCAUUUGGUAUGAGCCGGAGUCAAACACUAAAGAAGACAUUGAAGCAGCUCAGAGAGCUCAAGAUUUUCAGCUAGGCUGGUUUCUUGAUCCUUUGAUGUUUGGAGAUUAUCCAAGUUCAAUGAGAACCAGAGUAGGAAACAGGCUGCCCAAAUUUUCUCCAUCUGAGGCUGCUCUUGUUAAGGGUUCCUUAGAUUUUAUAGGAAUCAACCAUUACACCACAUUUUUUGCAAGAAACAAUUCUACUCAUGUAAUCGGAACUUUGCUCAAUGAUGCUAUUGCAGACUCCGGUACCAUUACCCUCCCAUUCAACGGCACUAAAGCUAUCGCAGAAAGGGCAAAUUCAAUAUGGUUAUAUAUUGUGCCACAAAGUAUGAGAACCUUAAUGAACUACAUCAAACAAAAAUACGGGAAUCCUCCUGUCUAUAUCACAGAAAGUGGAAUGGAUGAUCCAAAUAGUGUAUUUAUCUCCCUUAAAGACGCGUUGAAGGACGAGAAACGGAUUCGAUAUUACAGUGGCUAUUUAUCUUAUCUAAAGACAGCUAUCAAAGACGACGGUUGCAAUGUGAAAGGAUAUUUUGCUUGGUCAUUGUUGGAUAAUUGGGAGUGGGUAGCUGGAUAUUCUUCAAGAUUUGGUCUGUAUUUUGUUGACUACAAAGACAACUUGAAGAGAUAUCCAAAACAAUCUGUACAAUGGUUCCAGAACUUUCUCAAACCAAAACCAGCUAAAUAGUUGUGUACAUAUAUAAGAUUGUAUUUCCAAUAGUAGUGUUUUUAUACUCAUUUGGUUUGAAGUGAGGUGUGUUAAUUUGAUUAUAAGAUUUUAGAGUUUGAACAUCUUAUAAAUUGAUAAAAUUUAUUUUGUUACAAA